AUGAAUUGUAACUCUUCUAUUCCUUUAGUUUAUUCUGAUAAUAAAGAAAUUGAACAACAACAUAGAAUGAUUGAAUCUAUUAACCAAAUUAAUGCUGUAUCAAAAAGCAUUAAUAAUUCAAUUAACAAUCAAAUUACUUUAAUUCAAAAUCGUAUCCAAUCAUUACAACAACGAACAAUAAAAAUUCAAAAUAAAUUAAAAGAAAUUACUGGAAGUCCAAAAGCAAUCACUGUUUUUACUCCAAAUAAAUCUCCAAAUUUAAUUAUUACACCUAUUAAACUACUUGAAUCUCCACAACUUCAAAUUCAAUAUAAUCAAAAUAUUCCUUCAAAACCAAUUCAAUUUAAUCAAAAUAAAAUACUUGUUUCAUUAAAUAAAUAUUCAAUUAAUAAUUCAUUAAUUCAAAAAGAAUCUACUCAUUUUCUUGUUCCAACUCAAAUUCAAUCAAUAGGAAGUUUAUUAUUAUUUAAUAGUGGAGUAAAUGUAUAUGCUGAUUAUUCUAAUUGUGAUAAUACUAAAAAACUUCAUUCAAUCUCUUCUUCUGUUUUAAAAAAUGAACCAAAAGAAGAACAAAAUGACCAUUUAAGUGAAUUAAAUGAAUUUAAUGCAAUCCAAACAGAUGACACUUUUGGUUAUAGACCAACUCUAGAUAAACUCCCUGAACUUUCUUUACCUAAUAAUCUUCCUAAAUUAUCAAAUAUUGCUGAAUUAUCUUUUAGAGGUUCUUCUCCUCUUCUAUCUAUUGCUCCUUCCGUUGAUUUACCUGAUAUUGAUUUAGACGAUGAUGAUGAUGACGAUGAUAUUGAAUUAAAUACACCUCUAUCUAUUCCACCUCCACAAAUUGUUCCACCUCCACCAAUUACAACGCCAACUAUCCCACCACCAAAAGAUCUUACUCCUGAAGCAAAGUCUGUACUUCAAGGUGGUGGAAUGGGUGGAUUGUUGGAACAAAUUAGACAAGGAAAAAAAUUAAAGAAAGUUGAAACAGUGGAUAAGUCAUCACCCAAAGUAGGAAAUAGUUCUGAUCCAAAGAAAUCUACUACCUCAACUGGUGGAAAUGAUUUGAUGGAAGCCCUAAUGUUAAAGUUGAAAACAAUGAGAGCAAAUUCAAAUUAUGAUGUUACAGAUAAUGAUGGUGAUGAUUCUGAAGUUUGGGAAUAA